GUAAGCACAGAACAAGCACAGGGCUGCUCUGCAGGAGGAGGUUCCUACAAUAUAGAAACAUUUCAAUUAAUAUCUUCCAUUUAACAGAGUUUUCCUGAUUGUCCCAUCAGGGAUAGGAACAGAGACAAGAUGGCAGAGAUGAUAAUAAAUCUCACUCUAGAAAUACUCUUCCAACUUACUGGAGAGGAUUACACAGUGGUGAAGAAGACCUCUAGCGAGCGCUGUCAGGCUCCUGUGUCUGAAGGAUGGGGAAGAACCCUGAGCCCAAUCACGGGGCCUCCACCUCACUCCAUUAUACAUAAGGAGAUCAAUGAACAGAAGAUCCUAGAACUCACCCACAAGAUGGUUGAGCUGCUGACUGGAGAGGUUCCUAUAAGGUGUCAGGAUGUCACUGUCUAUUUCUCCAUGGAGGAGUGGGAGUAUGUAGAAGGACACAAGGAUCUGUACGAGGAGGCCAUGAUGGAGGAACACCAGGCCCUUAAAUCAUCAGGAAGAUCCAGUAAAAGAACAACACCAGAGAGAUGUCCCAGUCCUCUUCUUCCUCAGGAUCAUCAGCUUUUGAAUGCGGAUAAAGAUGUGAGCAAUAUUAAUUCUACAGAGACAAACGUGAGGGGUGAUGACCAGAGUAAGGAAGAAAUUCCUACAGAGACAUAUAUGAGAGAUGAUGACCAGUGUAAGGAGGAAUUUCCUACAGAUAACCACCCAGUGUCCAGGCUGUGUGUUAUAGCAUUGUGUAUAUAGCUGGAUGUUGACCCUUCAGUGAAGGUCCAUGAGACAGAAGCGAG